AUGUCACGGAGGAACAAAACAGUCAACUACAACGAGCUCAACAACGGGAACUUCUCGGACGUCUCGAUCUCUGACGAAGAGGACGGUGAUUACACUUCCAGCAAGAAGAGGCCUUCUCCCAGUCAGUCUGCACCCGAGAGAAAGAGAAAACCAGAACAAAGCAUAGAAGCACUCAAGGCCAGUCUAAGCAACAAGGACUUUGAUGAAGACGACUUGAUCCAAUUGACGCCGGAUAUUCCUCAGGACUACGUGCCCGAUGCGGUUUCCAAGACGUUUGGAAAGUCGGACUUUUCAUAUCUCAGGUUAAAGCCUGACCAUUUCUCCAGACCCAUAUGGAUCUCUCCCAAGGAUGGACGGAUCAUCUUGGAGUCGUUCUCCCCCUUAGCCGAACAGGCACAAGACUUCUUGAUCACAAUUGCGGAGCCGGUGUCAAGGCCUUCCCACAUUCAUGAAUACAAAAUCACACCUUAUUCGCUUUAUGCUGCUGUGUCAGUGGGAUUGGAGACAGAUGAUAUUAUCCAGGUGCUUAAUAGACUCUCAAAGGUUCCAGUAGCAGAGUCCAUCACCAACUUCAUAAAGGGGGCCACUGUUUCGUACGGGAAGGUCAAGUUGGUGUUGAAGAAUAAUCGAUAUUUCGUCGAAAGUGCACAAGCAGACGUGCUUCAGAUGCUUUUGAAGGACCCGGUGAUUGGCCCCUUGCGAAUCAACAGUGAGAGUACUGUCGAUUCUAACGGCCUUGUUAAGUUGGCUGCUCCUACUCAAGGUGACUUGAAGAUUGCGGGUUCUAGCAACAAGCCAGAUGACAACAAGAAUAAGGAUACAACAGAAGAUAUAUUUGCAUCGGUGGUAGGGAACAAAACGUCAGAGGAGGACUUUGACGACGACAUGGACACAGUGCACUCAUUUGAAAUUGCCAACGACUCGGUGGAAAUCAUCAAGAAACGAUGUCAGGAAAUCGAAUACCCGGUGUUGGAAGAGUACGAUUUCAGAAACGAUCAGAGAAACCCUGACUUGGAAAUCGAUCUCAAACCCUCCACCCAAAUCAGGCCCUACCAAGAGAAAUCGUUGUCAAAGAUGUUUGGUAAUGGCAGAGCCCGUUCGGGAAUCAUCGUGCUACCUUGCGGUGCCGGUAAGACGUUGGUUGGAAUUACUGCUGCUUGCACCAUUCGAAAGUCGGUGAUUGUGUUGUGCACCUCAUCAGUGUCGGUGAUGCAAUGGAGACAGCAGUUUUUGCAGUGGAGUACUAUACAGCCGGAGUCGGUGGCCGCGUUCACGUCGGAGAACAAGGAGAUGUUUUCGACCGAUGCUGGGUUGGUGGUUUCGACUUAUUCAAUGGUUGCAAACACCCGAGCCAGGUCCUAUGACUCUCAAAAGGUGAUGGACUUUCUUACUUCAAGAGAAUGGGGGUUCAUCAUCUUGGACGAGGUGCAUGUGGUACCGGCUGUGAUGUUCAGAAGAGUUGUUACCACUAUUGCAGCCCACUCGAAACUUGGUUUAACGGCUACUUUGGUGCGGGAAGAUGACAAGAUUUAUGACUUGAACUUUUUGAUUGGCCCCAAGUUGUACGAAGCCAACUGGAUGGAUUUGGCACAAAAGGGCCACAUUGCCAACGUUCAAUGUGCUGAGGUGUGGUGUCCAAUGACGUCGGAAUUUUAUCAAGAAUACUUGAGAGAAACGUCGAGGAAGAAGAUGUUGUUGUAUAUCAUGAACCCCACGAAAUUCCAGGCAUGCCAAUUCUUAAUUCACUAUCACGAAAAGAGAGGUGAUAAAAUCAUUGUGUUUAGUGAUAACGUGUAUGCCUUACAGGAGUAUGCGUUGAAGUUGGGAAAACCUUUUAUCUAUGGUGCAACUUCACAACAAGAACGGAUGAAGAUCUUGCAGAACUUUCAGCACAAUGACCAGGUCAACACAAUUUUCUUGUCCAAGGUGGGUGACACUUCGAUCGAUUUGCCAGAAGCCACCUGCUUGAUCCAGAUCUCAUCUCACUAUGGGUCUCGUAGACAAGAAGCUCAGAGAUUGGGUAGAAUCUUAAGAGCAAAGAGAAGAAAUGACGAAGGGUUUAAUGCCUUCUUCUACUCAUUGGUGUCUAAGGAUACCCAGGAAAUGUACUAUUCGACCAAGAGACAAGCGUUCUUAGUGGACCAAGGGUAUGCCUUCAAGGUUAUCACUCAUUUGAAUGGAAUGGAGCAAUUGCCCAAUUUAGCAUAUUCAACUGCACGAGAACGUAGGGAGUUGCUUCAAGAAGUGUUGUUAAAGAAUGAGGAUGCUGCUGGGUUGGAGAUUGGUGAUGAUGCUGAUACAACCUUCGCCCGGGAAGGUAGAAUCAAGACCGAAGGUAGCAGCUCUGUCAAGAGUGCCGGGUCUUUGGCAGGAUUGGCUGGGGGUGAAGACAUGGCGUAUCUUGAGUACGGUAAGAACAAAAACAAGGAGAUUAGGCAGCAGCGGAAUCCGCUUAUCAACAAGUUGUACUAUUCUAAGAAGAAGAGUUAAAUAAGAAAGUAAAGCCAUGCAAGGCCACGCAAAGUCAGUAUCAUAAUGCAUAUUCUAUAUAGUCCAUUCAUAUCGCAUAAAGUUUGUGUAACAUCUCUUCGCUAUCCCACAAAAUCUCCAAAGUCGUCUUCUUGGUCGUUAUCAUCAUCACUAAGUUCAUUCGUUUCAUCCAGCGCAUCAAGACUGAGGUGCUUCAGGUCUUCCGCAAGCUGACCCAUCUCGAGCUCGUAUUUAUACUGCUCCACGUAGCUAUGGAACAGUUUUUGGUAGGAAUUGAGUCUCUCUAUAAAUGUGUAAGCAUCAAGUUUAUCAUCAAAUUUGAGCCCCAAAGCCACUUGCACCAAGUCUUCGUGUGGAUUCAGCCCUGUGUACUUGGACCCAGGGAUCUGGACAAUUAUCUUGAAUAGUCGAUAUGCCUCUGUUCGCUGGAUAGACUCCAAUUGCACAAGUUGACCAUCCAAUUCAUGGAUUGGAUUGUACCACACCACGGCCCAAAGCUCAGAUUUGGCAUCCACUUCGUUAUACAACUCAAGUUUGAGCCGAAUCCGGUCUACCGGGAACGAAGGCAGCCGGAUACGUGGCGGGGCUCCACUUAAGUGGAUUUCCUCAGUUUCAUCCUCUUCAAUGUACGUUUCUUCUUCUAACACACGUAAGCAGCCGCUCCAAAUCGUGCUUGAUUCAUACUUGUUCCAUUCGGUGAUGGAGAGAUUGCCGGGUGGAAUCUUGAACACACUGACGGCCGAGCACUCGAACACGUCUGUGCUGAUUGUUUCUAAUUGUUGGCCCAUGACUUAGUAUAAAUGUGCAGAGCUGUUACAAGCCAUAAAUCGAGCAAGGAUCUAAUGCCAGGUUUUCGCGGCCG